GUGGCCGCUAGCCAUCAGAAGAAGCCCCAUGAGUCAUCAGCAACAGCCCCCUCCAACCCCUCGGCCACCACCCCCUCUCUACUUUCCUUCCCUCUAUGACCGAACAGCACAAAACACCACCCUAGCUGACUGCAGCCUCUGGCGGAAGCUUUUUGUGCCACUGCGAGGGGGUGAAGGAGGACCAACUGGGCCCCAGAGACCUCCACCUGGGCUUGGGAUUCUCCCGCCAGCCAAUGACCGCUGCUGCCCACCUGCUUGGCCGGCAGGCCUGGCCCCCAUCCCAUAUGAGCCAUUGCGAUUCUUCUGUCCUGCUGCUGAGAGCACCCCUCAGUAUGGGACUGCGGUACAUCAGCAGCAACAGCCAGAUGGGGAGAUCUGUGAGCUUGGCAUUCGUCUGAAGGAGCUAGAAUUGCUGGCACUCACUGGAGAUGGCUCAGAUCCACAGCAGUAUAAGCUUCUGAAGGCUCUGAAGGAUGAGAAGACAGACGAUGUAAUAACAGGAUUGACACUGAAGAAAAAAUCACCUCCAUCAUGAGAGUUAUUUACGUCUGAUCUUACAUGAUUCUAUUGACAUUAUGUAUCAUUUUAAUGACUACAUAUUUUCUUCAACUCUUGAAAAAAUGGAAAUUUACAACUUGUUCUUCAGUUAACAUUUUGUACAUUUUCCAGUAUUGUAUAUUUCAAAUACAAGCUUAUCUAAUGUUUCAGGCUGAUAAUUUUCUAGUAUCUGCUUCUGUGUUCAUGACAUUAAUGCUGUUAUUAUGUGCCUUCAGGUCACCUCUGCAUUAUGCUGACCCUAACAUAUAGGGGAUUUUUUUAAAAAAGCAAUUACAGUGUUCCCUCACUUAUCGCGGGGGUUACGUUUGAGGACCACCCAAUAAAAGUGAAAAUCCACGAA